AGCAAAACCGGCGUCUGUGAAAUCUUCCGACAUUUCGAAGCUUGUUAAAUUUCGAUUUACAUUAUUUUAAGUGUUUUCUCCACGUGAUGCAGGGCACAAUUAUUGAAAAUUUGAGUGGCAGGAAGCUCUCGGUUUUAGUGUCGUUGCUGAUUAUUGGUCAGAUCGUUUCUUUUUUGAUUGGAGGCCUUAUCGCCCCCACACCAUCAAGCAGUCAAAAUAUUCUGGGAAUUCCUUGCAAGGAUGUUCGAGUCAAUCGAACAAUACCCGACAACAAAUGGUACUAUUCACGAGGAAAAGGAUCCUGCAGUUCCGUCAAUCUGCAUAUUUUUGAUGAGUACGACAGCCACUUGAAAGCUUUUCAAGUAGUUUUCAACUUCCAGAUGCCAUUACCCCGCAACAGUAUUCAACUAGAUUAUUCUCGUUGGCAACAUAGUUUAAUUGGAGUUUUGCAAAUUGAUGUGGCUUAUCACAGCAAGAUAAAAAUAGCACCCAGGACCAAAUUAACAAUCGAUGCAAGGCUCGGAUACAGAAACAAAGGCGAUCCCGACGAUGCUUGGAAGCCAUAUGCAGCUUCUGUAGUAGAAAGAAAUUUAGACUGCAGCAUUAGUAAUGAAAUGGAUCAAUAUAAUUACAAUUGCAGCGUCGUGUCACUUUUUGAACUUGGGUCGCUCUUCCACGAUUAUUAUUUGCUCAAUAUUCGUCUUCCGGCAGACUCGGAGAAAAAUAUCAAUCAGGAUUUGGGUCAUGUUACGGAUCUAUGGCUAACCACUAUUAAUCAAAAUGGAGGUUUUACGAAAGUCUGGGUCGGUCUAAAAAGCUUUUACUUCCCGAUCGUCCUUUGUAUUCUACUCUGGUAUUGGCAAAGAGUUAAUAUGCUUUCUAGAUCGCCUGCUCUUUUGGAAUACAUGUUGCUAGCUUUGGGUGCAGCCCUCACAUUUUUGAAUGCACCUUUGGAAUACUUUACACUCGUCUUCGACAUGCCAUUCAUGUUGCUAUUGGAAGAUGUUCGACAGGGUAUAUUUUAUGCCAUACUUCUCUCCUUUUGGCUGAUAUUUGCGGGGGAACAUCUCAUGAUUCAGGAAGGUGAGCAAAGGAAUUCUCUGCAGUGUUACUGGCGUCAUCUUUCUGCAGUCGGUAUUGGAUGUCUUUCUCUCUUAUUUUUUGACAUGUGUGAACGCGGAGUACAACUUAGAAAUCCAUUCUACUCCAUCUGGGUCACGCCACUCGGUGCUAAAAUGGCUCUUUCAUUUAUAAUUCUUGCUGGGAUAUCGGCUGGAAUUUAUUUCCUCUUCUUGUGCUACAUGAUAUGGAGAGUUUUUAUUAAUAUCAGUGCUAAGAGAGCAGCUUUGCCAUCGAUGAGUUCCGCUCGCCGUUUACACUACGAAGGGAUUAUUUACCGCUUUAAAUUCCUGAUGAUUGCAACUCUCCUCUGUGCAUCCUUGACUAUUAUUGGAUUUAUUCUUGGCCAGGUUGCAGAAGGACAGUGGAAGUGGGACCAAGAUAUCGAACUGGAAAUGACCGCCGCCUUCUUUACUGGAGUUUAUGGAAUGUGGAAUAUUUAUACUGUGGCACUUUUGUGUCUUUAUGCUCCUUCUCAUAAACAGUGGCCGAUUGAACCUUCUGAAAAUAGUGCGAGCGAAGAUAUUGAAUUCUCGAGACUACAGUCUGAGCCUAAUGAAAUGUUGUCCCUCACCGCAUUCGCCCGAAAGACGGCUAUGGAAUGAAUGGUAUAACAAUGAAAAUUAACAAACCAGAAAGUACUUAAAACACGCAAACUGGAUUACAAUGCAAAUCAACAUCGUCUCCACUUACGACUGAUAACAUAUAUCUUUUUUAAAUACUUACAAUUUACAAAAAAUCAUUUUUACUAUUUUACCAAACCAUUUUCCAAGAGUUUUUACGACUCGCAAAAUACGAAAAUUCUCUUCAAUGUACUUAAAAUAUCAAGCCUAAUUUUUUUCGCAAAAGCACUUUCACUUCACAAUUUUUUAGAAACAUGUUUUUAAACUCACUAAAUUUUAGAUACGAAGUCAUAAUUAGUAGUUCAGAAGACAAUAAAAAUAAAAGCAAGCCUUAAAAUCACUACUGGAUUUUCCUAUUUUAAAUUCGACGAAAAUCAAACGAAGGGGGAAAAUUCCUCUUUAAUUUUAAUGCUUGUCUUUUAAAAUGUCUUUUAAAAGUUUAUGCAAUAUUUAUCACUAACCUGUAACUAAUAAGUAGAUAUUUAAAUGUAUUACUUGAAAUAUUUAUUUGUAAAGUAGUUUACACAAUUUUCUAUGAAUGAAAGUAGUAAAAUAGAAAUAUUUAGAGGUAGAGUUAACAAUGAAAGUAGAACAUUUCGAUUAAGCAGUCGAAAAAACUGUUCUAGAAAGGUGAAACUAAUAGAAUUUUAGAGAAAAUGUUCAUGUUAGUGACAUAUCAAUAUUGGGCAUUUUUUUGUGUUUUACAUUAUAUCUUGUGAAAACUUGCAUUUAACCAGGAUUAUGCAAAGUAUUGUAAACAUUAAACAGUAUUCCUUAUCAGCUUAAAAA